AUGGCCGAAGAAGGCUGGACGGUCACCUGGUCGCGUGCCUCAGAAGAACUGCUUACAAAAUGGAAAUUAUUUCUCGACCACACAAAAAAUUCCAACACACCCGGCGAGCCUCAACCGCCAUUAGAAAAGAUCCUCUGCGGAGCAAUCAUGAGCGAAGACUACGAUCUCAUCCGAGCCUGCAUCUCGCACGGGGCCAAGCUAGAUGGCUGGGUAUACGUUGCCGCACGCCGGGCCUUGACGUUGGAACUGCUGCAGAUUCUCAUCCCCGCCGGAUUCGAUGUGAAUUACAAAGAAGAUCGAUAUUGUUGCGAGGACUUCGCCGAUCAUUCGGUAAUUAGCGGUAAUCUAGAAGAGACCAAGUACCUGGAGCAUGGGGCGGACCCAAAUAUCAACCCCAUCGCGGAUCUCUAUCCCGCACUAAACUUGGCGGUGCAGAAUAAUAAUGCCGAGAUUGUCGAGUUGCUGAUUCAGUAUGGUGCCAAGAUAAUGGAGUGUUUGUUUCGUCAUGGAGCCGAUGUGAAUAAUGAUGCGAAGGACCGGAUUAAGGAAUAUGUUAAAUAUAUUAAGGGUGUGACUACGUUGCAUUAG